AUGUCGUUUCUCAAUUCAAAAUUUAAAGAUAACAAUAGUGAUUUUGAGUUUUAUACUGGAUUUUCUAGCUACAGUACAUUUAAGGCAUUUUAUGAUUAUCUUUGUCCAUCUUGUGAAAGAUUAAGAUAUGUUGGAUCUUCCAAUAAUUCAGGACAAACCAACAACCAGAAGUGUGGACCAAAGAGAUUUUUGUCUCCUGAGGAAGAACUUUUCAUGUGUCUUACAAGACUGAGACUGGGUUUGCUUGAAAGGGACUUAGCUGAAAGGUUCAACAUCUCUGUAUCCCAAGUGUCAAGAAUUUGGAUUACCUGGCUUGACUUUUUGUACAGAUUUUUAAGAUCCAUCCCCAUUUGGCCAUCACAAAGCUAUGUUAGAGAAACAAUGCCACAGAGUUUCAAGGAAACCUAUCCAGACACAAGAGUUAUAAUUGACUGUACUGAGUUAUUUAUCGAUAGACCAUCCCAACCAAGAAGCCAAAGCGCAACAUUUUCCACCUACAAGAAUCAUAACACCGGCAAAGGUCUUAUUGGAAUAUCUCCAAGAGGGGACCUUACUUUUGUUUCUGAGCUGUAUGCAGGUAAUACAUCGGACAAACAACUGACAAAAGACUGUGGCAUCUUUAAGUUAUUGGAAGUUGGUGAUCAGAUCAUGGCAGAUAGAGGCUUUGAAAUUGAGGAGGAUUUACCACAUGGUGUCUCUUUGAACAUACCCCCAUUCCUUGGUGAGAGAGCUCAAUUUUCUGAAGAAGAAGAAAUUGAAACUCGGCGGAUUGCAAAACAUAGGAUACAUGUUGAAAGAGCUAUCCAGAGGAUUAAGAGCUUUCGUAUUCUUAAAUUCGACUUGCCAAUAUCAAUGGCUGAAGACCUGAACAAGAUUUGGGUCAUUUGCUCAUAUUUAACAUUGUUUUUCAGACCCUUAAUUCAAGUUCAACUACAUGAAGAAUGA